AUGGACGCGCUCGAGGACGAGCUUGGGCGGCAGGCGAGGGUGCAGUCGUAUAGCGAGAGUCUCGUCUUCGAGCCUGGACAGGUUGUGGACCUGACUCUUGCGAAGCCGGACCUCACCAACCGCCCUGUCCAACGCCCCAACACGCUCUUGCGCAUGAUCGAAGGCCGCGCAAGCACCGACUCCCUCUCCUCCUUCUCAUUCUCCACUCCGCACGACCUUGGCUCGACCCUGAGCAACGGGAACGCGUACUACCCUCUCUCCUUCCACGCUCGACGCGAGCAACACAUGGCGGAGCCGGGUCUUUUCCACGACACCGACGCUUCCGCGAUGGCCUUCGGCUUCGUGCGCCAUGGAGAGAAAGUGAGCGACGCAGAGACUGAACCUGUUGGACGUGUUCUCGGACAACGUCUCGUGCAACUGCCGUGGCCGUCGGAUCGGAUGGAUGUCGAGCUUCUGGCCAACUUGGUCUCUUCGGUGGGGACCAUCAUUGCUUCCGCUUCCGACAUGACGAAGUGGUUUGCUAUGCAUGCUAACGGAGGCGUCGAUCCGGAGAACGGGCAGGUCGUGAUUCCGGCAUCGAUCUUCAAGCGACUCGCGACCAUGUACUCGAUCGAGAACGGCGAACCCACGAAAACACAAGGCUCUUUCGCUGGCUAG